AUGGCGCCAGUUCUGAAACGCACUGACCCGGACUUGCUGCCUCUUGAUCCAAGGAGUCAGCUGCUGCUGGUCUGGGAUUGCAUGUGCGACUGGAUCAAAGAACAGCUCCAGCAAGGCAACGGAGUAACUGCAAAAGGUUUCGGCUCCUUUACUUUUGAGAGAGCUGUGCAUCAACUACCACCAUCCAUACCUGAGCUAAACCACGUUGGAAAGGAAGCAGAAACUGUGGAGCCUCGUUUCGUAAUGGCUGCUGAGCUUGCGGCAGAGGUACACAGACAGCCGACUACCAAUAUGCUGGAGAAAAAUCACAACAAAGGCUCUAUUUUUCAGACAAAGAACAUGAAGUUCUUGAAUCCAGUUCCCAUUGGAGCGGCAUGCUAUUUAGAGACGGCCGUGGUGGCAUCGGCAUUGCGCGCAUUCUUCUCUGCCAUUCCCCAGUUAAUUGGCAACAACUAUGACUUGGCCCUUGACUUUAAAUUCUGUAGAGUAAGGAUUGCGAAUAAGAAGAUGUCAUGCAGUUUCACCGCCUCGCUGAAGCAAAUGGCGCAGGCUGCCCUUAAUUCUAAAAGGGAAAACGGGCCUAUUCCCGUGAAAAACAACUGGAGUCGUUGCACCAAAGACAGUGCAAUGGCAUCGUUCUUGAGGCACCAAAAAGAGGAAGAAGGACUACUCCCGGCAUCGACGACACUACCUGUAUCCCAGAGAAUAGAGCAGAUGAAAUUACAGCAGGUGGACAACUUGAGCGUUGUCACCUCUGCGACUGUUUCUAAAGGCCACAUUUAG